GACUGCAACCUAAAGUGAUUGUAGAUGGAGAAAUAGUGUGUCUAAGAAAAGGUGUGUUUGUUGGUGUUUUUGAAGUCUGUGUGAGUGAAAAAUCUGAGUUUGGUGAUUGAUUUGUGUAUGCCAGAUUUUGAAAUGUGUGUAAAUGUAUGCCACGGACUUGUACAGCACAUUGGUAACGUGUGUUCACCUCUCCAGCUUUCUGCUAGUAUGCUCAAAGCAUUUUCUUCAUUAAAAUGAUUUGACACUUUUUGCUCUUUUAAUAGAUUUGUCAUCAAGUAAGAAUACUUUUUGGAACUUUUUAUUUGCUUUUUAUUUAUAUAAAGUAUAUGGAUUAUGUAAGUUAUAAGGUUUUGUCCCUUAUUUUAGCAGGGGCUGUCAAAAUUAGCAUAACAAGCAAGAUAGAAUUUUCUAGAAGCAGAUAAAAUUUUGAUGCUGAGUUUUAAAAGAAAAGACAUGCAAGACAAUGCUCUAUAAGAUGACAAAGAAAUAGCAAAUAGCAAAACCUAACGUAUUUCAUUAGCUUACAGGAACGGGAUUUUUAAAAAUGGGACUUUUCCUGAGUUAUGUUUUUGCUAAAAAAGUUAUUUAUUUGUACUGCACUCUCUUGUAGCAUGUUUAACUCACUGCAUGAUGGAAUAUUGAGUGAUACGUAGUGCAAGUUCUGAUAUGUAUAAAAUAGGUAAGAACUAAUGUGAACUAGAAAAGAUGCAGAAUCAAUACUAUUCACUUGUCUUGGCUUCCCUUCUGAUCAUUCUUCUGCUGCAAGAACUUGUCCCUAUGGAGUAUUUUGUGAAGAUGUUUUUUGAAUCAUUCUCUGUAUUAAAAUAACAGCAAGGUAUCAGAGACACCCAGUGUAAGUAUGAUCAGAAGAAAAUAAUGGGAUUUAUUUACUUGAAUGAAAAAACCCUUUUUUUCAGGUUGAAGAAAAAAGUCACUGAAAAAUACUAGUUUUUCACAGCAAUGGAGGCUUAAUGUUCUUGCCAAAGCAUUCACAAGUUAAGAUUUUGAUGUCCAGAGCUGGUCUUUGAGAUGAAAAAUUUGGGCUCAUUUCCUGGAGCCUUGGCCAAUGGAGACGACAAUUAAUUUAAGAGCCUUGCAACUGCUCCCGUAUGUAGACAAGAUGAGAACAAAAGCUCAUCUCUUAUGUUCAUAUUGGGGCUAACUGAAAUUACUGGCUUGUAAGAGAGAAAAAUGUAUUCUUCAGAGUGGCGAAAAGCACGGCCAUUAAGACUUCCAUUUGGGAUCUGGGAAACUUCAGCGACUCCCUGGUUUUAAUCAGCUGCAUUUUUUCAUUCAGACCAGGAACUUAAAUUAGGUCCUCUCACGACCUACAUAGCUUCCUCAAGCAAGAGUGAUUCCUUUGUGUGGGGUAGCUCUGGAACGCAUCAAGGAGAUGAAACGAGCAAUGCUCUGGUGAAUACUUAAUCCCUCGCACGGGUCUGCUCUCGGAGGGGAGAUUGAGAGGAGUGCCCUGCAGCAGGACUGUGGUGCUCAGUUUGGGAUACUGGCCUGCCAAGAAAUUUAUUCAGACCUCCCAGGCCCAGUACCCUCAACAACAGACUACAGAAUAGUAUGACACAGCUCACUUCCAUGCUCUUAUCUCUCUCUUGUUCAAAGCACAUUGGGUUUCUGUUGUGAGAAAAAGGAGAUGAUAAAAACAAGCAAGUAAUUUUGUGACAUGGGAAAGAGCUUUCUUCCCAUCUCUACUUUUGGGUGGAUCAAGGGAGUUUCUGUCCUAGUGGAAGAUCUUGUUCCAUGAUUUAUGAUACUAUCUGGUUCCUGAACCAAAGAUACUUACCUGGCUUUUCAGAUCCAGAAAUAGCCUUUUAAAAUGGGAAAAGUGAUUUUAUUUCAGGUUUUUCCCCUUGGUCAUUGCAUGUAUGACUACUUUUCAUUUCUAACCACCCAAUUCUUAACAAUAUAGAUUUGAUCUAUCUAGUCUUGACAAUAGAUACUUGUUUUCUUUGUGUAUGCAGCUGACAGAGAUUCCAAGUCAGGCACCCUAUUAGAAAUAAUUAGUCUUGAAGGGUUAAAUGGAAUUUUAAAAUGUGCAUGAUAAAAGAAGUUGCAUUUAAUUUCUGUUUACACUGAAAUAAUUAAUUUAUAUAGCAUUAUAUCCUAGAAAGAUAAUUCUGCAUAGGCCACAACUUCAAUUUAAUUAAAAAGCUCCUGUACUAUUGAAAUGCCUUGCUACACAGAGUAGUUUCUAUAUUUGUCAGAUAAGCAGUACACAUCAUGGACUAAGGAUCUAAUUAAGGUUUCAAGACACUGAAAGGUAAGCACUUACAAUAAUUCUAAAACAAUUUUAAUUUUCAUAUACAGAAAAAUGGAAGAAUACUAAUAUAUCUAUUUAAUUUUCAGUUUAGUUUUGAUUUCACCUUGAAACUUCUCAAAGAGCCUAUUUGAAUCAAAAUUGUAACUACUUCAUUGAAGGGAUUGUAGAGAAAAUUGGCAGGAGAAGAUGUUAGCAACGUGGCCCAGAGCUCCACUUGUAGGAUUCCAGCACAAAGCCUGCAGAUACUUGUCUCUAAGGGCUUUUUUCCCUCCAUUGAAUUCAAAUGAAGAAGAAUAGGGAACAAGAAAAAUUAACAGCAGCAUCAAAUUCUGCAUUUCACAAAACCAACCAUGGCACUUCGAUGAAGAGACUGGAAUUGUCUAAGAAAUAAGGAGGUACUGGAAUCCUCCAGUACCAAGGAUAUGAAUAUUGGUCCUUAUUUAAAUAAAUGAAGAACUAAAGCAGACAUUGUUCAUGCUAAUACAGCUUUCUCUUACAAACCAGAGGACAUUUCUGAGCCUUGAAUGGUGAAUUUUUGAAGAGGUGGCUGAGAUGCAAAGGAUGAAGCAUUCGGAACUCCAAAAGCAGUCAGCAUGUAUCACAGAAGUAAACACUGAACCCAUGAACAUAAGGAUGUAUCUUUCAGUUCCAUUGUAGCUGGAGUCAGUGACUUCAUACUGAACAAGAUAAAGACUGUCAAGUGCUGCCUAAAUAAGGAAGGAGCCGUGGUAGGGUUAAGUGCAGUGGAGGACACAAAUGGAGCAUUGAUUCCAGGCAUGCUGGAGGGUCUGAGCCGUUUCCUGCAGCACUGAACCUUUUAAGAGUUUUCAUUGUUUCCUGCAAAGUAUUAAAAUGCGAAUGUCUGCCAUUCAAGAUCUCAGGGAAGAUGAAAAUGAGGAUUGGGAAGAGGAAGAAAAGGUCUUCCUCAAGCCUGUUAUUGAGGACAGAAAUAUGGAACUGGCCCGAAAAUGCAGUGAAUUAAUAAGUGAUAUACACUAUAAAGAAGAGUUUAAAAAAUCUAAAGGCAAGUGCAUAUUUGUACCUGACACCCCGCAGCUAAAACAUGUGAAAAGCCUUGGUGCUUUUAUUUCUGAGGUGAAAUAUAAAGGAGAUGCUAAGAAAGACCUUUCCAACUCUCUUUAUCAGCAGAUGCCAGCCACAAUUGACAGUGUAUUUGCGAAGGAAUUAAUGCACCUUCAGAGCAAGGUUCUCUAUAAACAAAAACAUGAUGCUGAGAAAGGAUUUUCAGACUAUGCACGUAUGAGGGAACCUCCAGAUGUUAAACAUGCCAUGGAAGUCAGUAAACACCAGAGUGAUGUAUCUUAUAAGAAGGAUGUGCAAGAUACUCAUAGGUACACUGAAGUUCUGAACAGACCAGACAUAAAGAAGGCAACUGAGAUAACAAAGAUAAUAAGUGAUGCUACAUACAAGAAAGGAAGGGGAGAACUGAAUAAGGAGUCUGCUGUACUUGGAAGACCUGAUUUUGAACAUGCUAAAGGAGUUUCAAAACUUUUAAGCCAAGUAAAAUACAAAGAGAAGUUCAGCAAGGAAAUGAAGAGUCACCAGUACAAUCCUCUUGACAGUGCUUCCUUCAAGCAAGCACAGAUUGCAUCCACCUUGGCAAGUGAUGUGAACUACAAGAAAGAUUUAGAAAGCCUGCAUGACCCAGCAUCUGAUCUACCAAACCUGCUGCAUUUAAACCAUGCUUUAAAUAUCAGCAAAACACAGAGUGAUGUCAAGUACAAAGAAAAUUAUGAAAAAUCUAAAGGCAGAUCAAUGCUGGAGUUUGUGGAUACACCAAUGUAUCAAGUUUCAAAGGAAGCUCAAAAGAUGCAAAGUGAGAAAAUGUACCGCAGAGAUUUUGAAGAAGGGAUCAAGGGAAGACCUUCAUUGGAUUUAGACAAGACCCCAGAGUUUUUGCAUAUAAAACAAGUCACUAAUCUUCUGAAAGAGAAAGAGUAUCGGAAAGAUUUGGAAGAAGGGAUGAAAGGAAAAGGAAUGACAGUGUUUGAAGAUACACCAGAUUUGAUUAGAGUGAAAAAUGCGGCUCAGAUACUAAAUGAGAGACAAUACAAGAAAGACUUGGAGACUGAAAUUAAAGGGAAAGGCAUGGAAGUUGGUCCAGAUACACCUGAGAUAAGGCGAGCCAAGAAAGCCUCUGAAAUUGCAAGCAUGAAAGAAUACAAGAAAGACUUGGAGAAUGAAAUUAAAGGAAAGGGAAUGGAAGUGAGUACAGAUACCCUUGAUAUACAACGAGCCAAAAAAGCUUCUGAAAUUGUCAGCCAGAAAAUGUACAAAGAUGAAGCAGAGAAGAUGCUCUGUAACUAUUCUGCUGUCCCAGACACUCCUGAGAUGGAGAGGAUAAGAAGUACUCAGAAGAAUAUCAGUUCAGUGUUUUAUAAGAAGGAAGUAGGAGCUGGCACAGCUGUAAAAGAUACUCCAGAGAUUGAAAGAGUAAAGAAAAAUCAACAGAAUAUUAGUUCGAUUAAAUACAAGGAAGAAAUCCGGCGUGCAACAGCUAUUUCUGAUCCACCUGAACUAAGGAGAGUUAAGGAAAACCAGAAGAAUAUUAGCAAUGUUCAGUACAAGGAACAACUCUGCAAAGCUACACCCAUGAGUGUCACCCCUGAGAUGGAGAGAGUGAAGAGGAAUCAAGAGAAUGUCAGCAUGGUUCACUACAGAGAGCAGCCUGGCAAAGCUACUGCUGUGAGUGUCACUCCUGAGAUAGAGAGAGUCAGGAAGAAUCAAGAUAAUAUCAGCUCGGUCAAGUACAGCAGUGAUCAGAGGCAGAUGAAAGGUAGACGUAGUGUGCUUCUAGACACACCUGAGCUAAGGCAUGUCAAAGAAACACAAAACAACAUCUCAAUGGUAAAAUAUCAUGAAGAUUUCGAGAAGACAAAGGGCAGAGGCUUCACCCCAGUGGUAGAUGAUCCUAUAACAGAGCGUGUACGGAAAAACACCCAAAUUGUGAGUGAUGCAGCAUAUAAAGGUGUGCAUCCACAUAUCGUUGAAAUGGAUAGAAGACCUGGAAUAAUUGUUGAUCUUAAAGUUUGGCGUACAGAUCCUGGCUCCAUCUUCGACAUUGAUCCUCUGGAGGACAAUAUUCAGUCUAGGAGUCUACAUAUGCUUUCUGAAAGAGCAAGCCGUUACACUAAGCAGUAUUUACAUUCUACCAGUCUGGGAGAUUAUAAAUCAGAUGGCUCUGACACGAACCCUACCUUUUCUUACUGCAGUGAGAUAACAAGGCCAUCUGAUGAAGGAGCCCCUGUUCUCCCUGGGGCGUAUCAACAAAGCCAGACUCAAGGAUAUGGAUACAUGCACCAGACCAGUAUGUCAUCCAUGAGGUCCAUGCAUUCACAGCCUCAUUCAGCAAGUCUGAGAACAUACAGAGCUAUGUAUGACUACAGCGCUCAAGAUGAAGAUGAAGUUUCCUUCAGGGAUGGUGAUUAUAUCAUCAAUGUGCAACCAAUUGAUGAUGGCUGGAUGUAUGGUACUGUUCAGAGAACUGGGAAAACAGGAAUGCUUCCAGCAAAUUAUAUUGAGUUUGUUAACUAAUUUUUGUCUCUAGUCCUUUGAGCUUUGUUAUGAUUUACUUAAAAUCUAACCUUUUAGAAAAAAAAAUCAGAAGAAUCUUUUAAGAGUUCAUGAUCAUUACUUUAUCACUGCUAUAACAGUUUGCAUUCUCACUCAGAAUCCAUUUUAGAGUCCUUUAAAGAAAAAAUAAAUAAUCCACAACAAGUUCAGAGCUUUGAAAACAGCAUUGCUUAUAAUAGUGCUCUCUCAAAAUGAAAAACAUGUAUGGAAGCCUGGUGCUGCCAGUCCUAUAAAGACUUCGGUCAAUUAACUUUAAAAGGGUAAUGCCUUUUCCUUACACCUCAAAGAUGUUAUAACCAUAAAAUUGGUUCAUUUCUUAUGGCACUCUGAAGUCACAGGAGGUUAACACAUUGAGUUUGAACAUAUCUUCAGAUUCUUAGGGAAAUGUUAAAUGUUUAAGCAGUUAGCUUCCUAAUAAAAAUUAAUACGUUGAGUAGAUAAUUCAGUCAUUUGAAUUAAAGACAAGUAACAUGUCAGUAAAAAAAACCCACAAAUAAAAUCCCCUACUGCCCAGCAGCCUUACAGUAAAUAUGUCUAUUUUGACAGUAAAAAAUUUCCUGACUCCGGCAUAUCCACAUUUAUUCUUGGAUUACCCAUUUUUUUGUUUCCAAGUGAUCUAUUAGCUUUGCUUCCAUCCUAAUCCAUCCGUUUUAUCCAGGUCUGGAUCCAUGGUUCUUCAGUAUCUUUUCUGCAGAAGAUUCCUUGCAAAGACUAUCUAAAAUAUAAAACCUGUCAACUCUUCUGUUUCCGUGUAAUAGUACUUAGCAUCUAAAUAGAAACUUCCAUUAGGGCAACGUACAACCAAUACUUCAUGUUAGCUCCUUUACCUGUAGUGCUGUAAAUAAAUACCCCCGGUGCUGUGCAGUCCCACAGAGCCUGCAGUCACAUCCCGUUCUCACCACAGCUAUCUUGCUUAAUGGCUGCUUUGCUGAUGAGCUGUGUGCCUCCCCCUGCUGCAGAAACACUCGUGCCUCCGUCCGGCAGCGGAGGAGAGCUCUGGUUCUUGUAGUGCAUCUCAGAUCAAUGGCUUCAGUUUGCUCCCAAAUUCUUGGUGAUCCUACGGUGGGUUGUACGCUUGCCAAAUGAUUAAAUAUGGAGAAGAAUUAUGUUUUCUUUAAGAAUUAUGUUUUCUUUUAGUGACUUAAUCUUUCUCAUAACUGACUUCAAAGGGAAAGCUAACUAAGCAAAAUCCAGCAUACCCUAUGCCAUUAUGUUUCAGUUUAGCCAUCUGUUGAAAACAGUAAAAAUAUUCUGCUGACAAACCUUCACAUGUGCUAUUUGGUGUCUGUUAACUUAGGGCCAGAAUUGAGAGAUCCAGGUCUCAGAUGUGAGGCUGGCAGAGGAUCUGAGAGCUGGUGACACAGUGGAUCUGUAAGAGGGAUUUUGUCAGCAGGCUUGGGUCACAGGCAACUUGGUUUUGCUUUGACUGGGGGCUGCAUUCCCUCACAGGGAGAAAUUGUGGAAGGAAGGACAAAAGAGUUAAAGAUCCAUGUGAGAGAUUAUUCAUGUGGAUGCAGAGAUGUGUAAGGAAGAAAACGUUUUUCUGAUCAAAUAAUUUGUGGAGUUCAGCCAUGUGCUAAGAAGUUAAGUUCGGAGUAGCCCUCAGAAUAUUUAGUCUGCACUGGCUUUCUUUCAUUUCUAAAAUUUUUAAAGUAGAAUUUUAUAUGGAGCUUUUAGACAAUUUUAUAUUUCUCAUCUCACAUAGUAGGCAACCCUGAAAUAACUGUUUAAAAAAUAAAUAAGGAAGGCAGGAUGGAUUUGUGAAUGUGACAUUUCAAUGAUGUCAACUGAAAGUUGUCAAUGCAAAUACCUGCAAGUUCUAUUUCUGCAGACAGUUUUUGCAUACAAUUCCCAAAGAACUGGAAAGCUUAUGCAAUUUUAUUUUGGGUCUUGCUAACACAGGGAUGAUACCAGCUGCCAAGCAGAAUGGAAUGACUGCAUAAAAAAGAAUAAAUUAAAAAAUGUCCAUGACUGUGGAAUUACCUGUGCUUUCUUGUCAGCAGCCUAAUUUCAGGCUAAAGCUGUCCAGGAGUCUCUAACUUCAAAAAAUGUGUUUUGAAAGCAGAGUUCUGUGACUGUAAAUAUGCAAUUUAUAUAGUUGACUGCUGUGAUUUAAAACUCCUGCAAGUUUUGCAUAAGGAGCUGCUCUUGCAGCAGACUCAUGUGCAUUACUGGUGACACCCACAUGAAACCAGCAGGUCAAAUGGCUUUUUUAAAGGCUGAUGUGGUAUGCUGAGCUAGAAGCUCUGAAACAAGCAGUUUGCUUCUGUGCUGGUUUUCAUCACUGGCCAUCAACAGCGAGGAGAGGAAUUUCAUCUUCUGCUGGCUGGCAAAUUUUUCAGAUGAUGCCUGAGGCACAGUUGGCUGUCACUGCUGUGCUGCUCUAUUAGCUGUGUAAUGCUGACAACAAUAAAAACAAGAUGUCAGUUUGCUAACCAAAUAAGAAUAAAAAAGAAAUAUAGAGAAUAGACAUUCUCAUGGCAUCAAGUUGCAAUUUUUAGGGACUUAUAAAACAGAGUCUCUACCUGUAAAUAUACAAUAAUUCUUCCUAAAUGAGGAGACAGCUUUCUGUGUUGAAUACUUUACAUAUAGAAGUUAAUCAGAAAAUGAGCAUUUGGUGACAUUAGAGAACUAUGUUAUGCUGAACAAUAGAAAUAAAAUUUCCUUUAUGAAUUUUGAAUAUUCAUUAGCCUUGCAAAGCAGCUCAAGCAAUUUGUAAAAAAUAAAAGGUCAAGAAAACAAAACAGUAUGUGAAUUGUAUUUCUCUUGAGAAUGGUAUGUCAGCAGAAUUACUAAGAUCUGGUUUAAGUUACUUAUUCUUGUAGUCAACUUUUUUGUCCUAUAUGCUUAGAAAUUCAUAUUUAUAUGGAAUGGUUCCUGCUUUUUGAUACAAAACAAACUUCGGUGUGAUUUUGCAGCUUUGUUCUAAGCAAUGCAAAGGCCCAAAAUUAUCAGAAUGCAAUUAUAAUUUUUUUUUUAAUAAGAACUAAAAUUUGUAAGGCAGGGAGAGUAAGUCAUGAACUAAAUUGUGCCAGCACACGUUUUUUAAAGCAUAUGUAGGGAGACUGUUACGUGCAGUGUGAUAUAGGGGCAAAAAAAAGUUAAAUGCUGUCUUGUCAUCUUUAAAGUUGAUACUCAUUUUUAGCACAGCAUGUUCCCCUCACUGUUCUUUCUUCCUGUAGUUAAGAUUUUUCUGGGGAAAGGAAAGGGCUUUUAAGGACUUGCAUUUCUCAAGCUGUUCCAAAGUUCAGGUUGGAAGUCCACGUGUUCCCACUUUAGAAAUAAAGAAUUCUGUAAAGAAUGCUGUAAUUCUUGCUAACACGAGUAUAAAUGUAGAAAACAACAUGGAGCAUAUUCAUGCAUACAUACAAGAACAAAUGGGUGCCUUGCUUUUCAUUACUCUUUCUUGCCUGGCUAAUCUUAAUUUUUUUAAACAAAGCUACGUACAGGUACUGCAGUUGUAAUUUUUCAUUAUGGAACAUUAGCAUUUAGUCUUGAUGAAACAGGGUUUUCUUGAUUACAUUUGACAUACAAUAAACUACUUCAGCAGAUUGGGAUUUGAUGGAGAAUCACCUCCCAUGGAUUAUGUUUUUGACAAAUGUGUCCCUGCCGAGUGUUUCUUGGGGAUGUGGAAGGUCUCCAAUACUUGGUAAAGGUAAUAAUUCUAGUUUUUAUUGUACAAUGACUGCAUGUCAUCUUGUACAAUGAAAAAGAAAUGACAAAUACACAAGUCUUUGGCAGAAGGUGGUACAGGGUAUAAAGUCAUAGAUUUUUAUUAGGUUGAUUAAUACUCCAUUUAAAAUAUAGCAUAUGCUUUAGUUAGUAAAUGUUUAAAUAAUGUACUGAAACAGACAGAAGAUGCUGUUGAAAGAAGUCCUCCAAACUGAUGUGCUGGCAAAUGCAAAGUACUAUUGAGCUGUAGAAGAUGAAACCAUUUUGCAAUGCUUUAGUGAUUUUCUCCAGCUUUAUGCCAUAGGAACCCCAUCUCUCCUUUGGAAAGAAAACCUGAAAGCUCUAUUUCCUAAACUGCCUGCACUACAACAGUAUAUUCAAAGGAAUUUCAUAUGCUUCUUGUGUCUGAUAAAUAGAAUUUGCAUAUUGUACUUAAGUUGUAAUCCAGUUGUUGUUGACAUUUGUUUAAUUAUUAUUAUUUUAGGGGGGAAAAUAAGCUAUACUGUAGCAUUUCAAUUGUGUAUUUAAUAUUACUAUUAGAAAUUGCUAGACCAUUGGAAGACAGCAAUGACUGUAUCAACAUUGAUUAGCAUGAUGUGGAAAAUCUCUCAGCUGUUGGUUUUUGCAGUGUGAUAUAAAAAGCAAAAAUGAACCGCUGUGCAGUUUGGCUUAUGUUUGCUUUAAAGUGUGUAAAGUUUUAGUUAUUUUGCAAAACUGUACUGUAUUUGGGGGUAUACAGUUAUGAAGGUAACAAUUGUUUUUCAAAGGACAGAUAAACUUACUCUUGGUUCAUAUGAUGUAUCAUCUUAAUUUGGCUUUUGUUAUGCAGAAAGUUAACACCAGCUAUUAAAAUAUAUUUUAGUAGAAAUGCUUUAAUUCCUGUUUCUUCCUCUACACUGUGAAUAUUUAAGCUUUGGUGGACUAGAGCAACAUCAUGCUGCCCAAAGUACUAACCUAUGCAACCUAGUUCACAUUUUAGUUGAUGUCACAGUGGAUGUAACAUAACAAUUUAUUUUGCAUAACAUUAAACUUCAUUCAAAUAAAAUAUUAAACCCAGCACUAUGUAUGUAUUAUAUUCAUAAACAACACUCUGUAAAACUACCAUACCCAUUAGUAUAAGUUCUCAAAGAUGGAUAUUGCUUUAACUAAGAAAGCUUUGAGUUUUCAAACUUAAGUAGAAUAUUUAGCACUAUUUGUCAAGCUUGAUCUCAGAAAAUAGUUUUCUAAAACACUGUUUUAUUUCAGACAUGGCCUCUCUUUAAAAGGUUAAUUUGCCUUUUUCAGUCUGCAUUUGUAACCCUUCAACAGAACAUCGUUACAUUCCAUGACCCUUGGUUUAUUUAAAUAAGCAAAUAUAGUUAGUGAAGGAUGUCCACUGUUUUAAUUGAUACUGGUUUGCUUGUCUUUGAAUGAGAAUUUGGUUAGGUGUGCUCUGAGUUCAGCACUAAUAAAGAAGAUUGCAUUGCUGGCUUCUUUAAGACAAUUUUAUGUACAAAUGUCAUCUUUAUUCAUUUGCACAAGUAAAUUAUUUUUAAAACAUGUAAGAAAGUUUAAGGCAAAAUAAAAUGAAGAAGUAUUUUGGAA